CAGUUUCGUUGUUGUUUGGUUUGGUUAGUUUUAGUUGGUUAGUUGGAAUCUCAGGAGCAGGCGGCCUACGGAGAAACGGUAAACGGUUGUCCGGCAAAAACGAUAUCGAGACGCGCGCCUCUUUUUUUCUCUCAGUGCAAAUGCAGGUCAGCGAAAGCUUCCCGUGCGUUAUUGGAAGAGAGGGACAGAGAGUCCGUGAGAGCCCGUGCGUGUGUAAAGACUCACACACAUGUACAGUGUGUCUAUAAUCGCCGAGCUUUACUUUAACCGUUAAGCGUCGAACUUUACAAGGGUUACGCUGCGUACACACUAGGCCCAUUUGAAAUGCAAACGACACACGGCCGGAACAUCUACAACAACAACAAACAGAGAAGCAACAAGAGCAGGAGAAUCCGCCAUUAAAGCACAGGAACGAAUCCGCCGCAGAGAAUAGAAUAAAAGAGAAGGGGAGAGAAGAAAGACAAGAUCCAGCGUUGCGCCUCCUCAGCAGAAUCGUGGCAUCAAGGAGAAGCUGCUGACAAAACAUAAUUCACAAAUGGAGACGAAGAACCCCCCGCCGGUGACGAGCAGCUACCACCAUCAGCGGGCGCCGCGCACGCCGGAAUCGUACUUCAACGUGCCGGAGUCGGUGGCCCUGCUCAACAUCGUCAAGUCGGAGCGCAUCCAGAGCGCGUUCCAGUCGAACCGCAAGAACCAUGCCAGCGUGUGGGAGAUGGUCGCCGAGGUGCUCAACCGAUUCAGUGCCCGGAAGCGGACGGCCAAACAGUGCUGCAACCGCUACGAGAACCUCAAGAAGAUCUACACGCAGCUGAAGAAGAACCCGGAGCGCCAUGUGCGCCGCAACUGGCCGUACAUGUUCCUCUUCAAGGAGAUCGAGGAGCAGCGCGGCGAGUGCUGGGGCUCCAACGGCAAGCGCCUGGCGCUGAUCUCCAAGAACCACAACGAGCUCUCCUACUACCAGCGCCGGCGGCAGGCGGCCGAGCUGGGUGUGCUCCUCAACAAGGACAACCUCACCCCGCAUCAGCACAGCCUCCUGCAGAGCCUGAGCCAGAGCCAGAGCCACUCGCACGCCCACUCCACGGACUCCUCGCAGAGCGGCAGCAAACUGGAGCGCUUCCUGCCCAACCACUUUGUGGAGGCGCAGCUGAACGAGGUGCCAUGUUCGGUGGGAGUUGGAACUGGUGUAUCCGGUGGCCUAUCCGGUGGCCUAUCUGGUGGCCUACCCGCCGGCGUUUACGACGAGAAUCCACUCCAGAUGCAGGUGGCGGCCGCAGCCGCCGCUGCCGCAGUGGCCGCCCACAAGCGGCACGAGCUCCAGAUGGCCAGUGUCGGCGGUGUUCAGAUGGCCACGCCCGGGGACGACGACGAGGAUGAGCCCGAGCGUCCUGCAUUUAAAAGCCACCUCCACGGUCUGGGCCAUGGCUUGGGCCACGGCCUGGGUCACGUGCCCAUGGAUGAUCCCGGCGAGGCACCCGACUUUGAAAAGGACUGCAAUGGAGCCCUCAACAUGCACCACCAGAACAACAACCACCAUGAAAAUAACAUAUCCAUGAAGUCGGAGCCACUGUCGGAGGGCGAGUUCAAUCCGGACGACAUCCAGCUGAUCCAGACGAACUACAAUGGGGCACAGAACUACUAUUCACCGGGCCUGGAUGCAAAUAUUCUGCACCCCGACGUGAUCGUCGAUACGGACAAUCUGUCCGACUGCUCCUCGUCCACCACGCUGAAGAAGAAGCGCAAGAUGUCCACCUCCACCGAUGGCGACAGUACCAACUACGAGCUGAUUGAGUAUCUGAAGCGGCGCGAGAAGCGCGACGAGGAGUUUCUCAAGCGGAUGGAUGCGCGCGAGGACCGACUGAUGAACCUGCUGGAGCGCACGGUGGUGGCCAUUGAAACGUUGGCCGUGAAACGGACACUUUCGCUUCCCGUGACGGCCAAAGAGGGGAACCCCGAUCACUUUUCUCCGCCACCAGAAGGGCAUUUUGCAGCGUCCUCAUCACAACCCGCUGAGCAGCCCAGUUUGGAGCGGAUAGGCAUUCCGCCAGCCAGCAGCAGCAGCUCCAUUACCAUCGGGAAUCAGGAUAUGGAUGAGGGUCACGUCAUUGACGUGCCUGAUGAUAGCGAUAGCGGUGGCGAUCCUCAGGUCAAGGACACGGCUGUCGAAGUACCAAAAGCUGGAGAUGAGGAGCGAGCCGAUGCCAAGCAGACAUAGAAUACAACACACACUAACACACACCAACACACACACCAACACGCACCAACACACACAAACACCCACUAGAUUAACGCUCGCUAGACCUACUUAAACCUUCCACCCAUAAUCCCUCCCCAC